GCGCCGGCCAAUCAGCGGGACGCCGAGGCGGGGCGUCCAGCGGUGCCCCUCGGCGGGAGGCGGACGGCUUCAGGCAGUAAUUGGACGCUGCAGCUCGGUGCGCUGGGUGGCUGUCUCCGGAAGGGACCCGCAGGAGAACUAUGCCGUUUCUGGGUCAGGACUGGAGAUCCCCUGGAUGGAGCUGGAUUAAAACCGAGGAUGGGUGGAAAAGGUGUGACCCCUGUAGCCACGAGCUCAGGAGCGAGGAUAGCCAGUACACCAUCAACCACAGCAUUAUCUUAAAUAGUGGCGAAGAAGAAAUAUUCAAUAAUGAGUGUGAAUAUGCAGCCAAAAAGAGGAAGAAGGAACAUUUUGGAAAUGACACUGCUCACAGUUUUCAUCGUGAAAAAUGGAUCUAUGUCCAUAAAGAAAGCACAAAAGAAAGGCAUGGCUACUGCACCCUGGGAGAAGCCUUCAACCGGCUAGACUUCUCAAGCGCCAUUCAGGAUAUCAGAAGGUUCACUUAUGUGGUCAAACUACUACAGCUAAUUGCGAAGUCCCAGUUAACCUCACUGAGUGGAGUGGCACAGAAGAACUACUUUAACAUUUUGGAUAAAAUCGUCCAAAAGGUUCUUGAUGACCACCAGAAUCCUCGUCUGAUCAAAGACCUUCUCCAAGACUUGAGCUCGACCCUUUGCAUCCUUGUUAGAGGGGUGGGGAAGUCAGUGUUAGUUGGAAACAUCAACAUUUGGAUUUGCCGCUUAGAGACGGUUCUCAACUGGCAACAGCAGCUGCAGAAUCUUCAGAUGACUAAGCAGGUGAACACUGGUCUCACACUCAGUGACCUGCCCUUGCACAUGCUGAACAACAUCCUGUACCGUUUCUCAGAUGGCUGGGACAUUGUGACUCUGGGCCAGGUCACCCCAACCCUGUACAUGCUCAGUGAAGACCGGCGGCUAUGGAAGCGACUGUGUCAGUACCACUUUGCCGAGAAGCAGUUCUGUAGACAUUUGAUCCUUUCAGAAAAAGGUCACAUCGAGUGGAAGCUGAUGUAUUUUACACUUCAGAAGUAUUACCCGACCAAAGAGCAGUACGGAGACACUUUACACUUCUGCCGCCAUUGCAGCAUCCUCUUCUGGAAGGACUACCACCUUGCUUGGUUGUUGAAGGACUCAGGACACCCCUGCACCGCGGCUGACCCCGACAGCUGCUUCACACCGGUGUCCCCUGAGCACUUCAUUGACCUCUUCAAAUUCUGAUGGUGCCCUCAGCCCUGUGCCCUUGUCCACAACUGUCCCUUGUGCUUUCUGUGUCGUGUAGUUGGUGUGAGUAUUCUGUGGACACGAGUGAUGACUCAGUGACGGCCUGCACGUGUGUGGCCCUCGCUUGCCCCUGGAGAACCUGACAGGAUGCAGAAGAGGCACCAUCAGUGAGGGAGAGGAGACCCCAAUGUCAUUUCUACUUCUUUCUUGAAACUUCUCAGCUUACAAAAUUUGUGAUUUUGUAUAUUUUUAAAUAGGGAUCAAAAAGAGUUUUGGAUUUUCAGCCCCGUAUUUUGUGCUGAACUGACAUGAGCAACCGAGAAUAUGGUCCUUGGCUGUCAAAAGUGACAGUUUUCCGUCCUCCAGUGACUGGGAUGCUCCUUGGCUGUCAAAUGUGACAGUUUUCCAUCCUCCAGUGACUGGGACGAGGAACAAAACAGCCGACCCUUGUAAAUACAUUAUGCAGAAUAUUUAUUUUUCUUAAAAUGUAUUUUCACAACCCCAGUGGCUAUGCCCAAAUGAGUCCUCAUUGAAUACAAGAUGGACCUAGAAACAUGCUUGGGGCUGUGAACUGGAUGCACUGUCCCCAGCUAGCAGCAUUGCCCCUGUGUUUCUGGGAAUCCCUGCCAUGAGGCCAUCAUAGAUGUGGGCUCCAAACCAGAACACAGCCUCUGCCAAGGAGCUGGAAGCAGCCUAGGGAGGCAGAACUUCAUGUGUAGAAAUUACUUUCAUGGGUAAAGUAAUAAACCAUGUUUAUCUACUGACCAGCUUCAUCAAAUUCACAUCUAAUUGAAUGGUGUUGUCUUUAAAAUGUGCUGUUUGAUUUUAAAAAUAAUGCAUGUGCACUUUAGAAAUUUUUGAAAAUAAAGAUACAUGAAAGAAAGUUAUAUAAUUCUUGGGAUGUUCAGCAUUGCUGCUCAGCUGUGGUGGCAGCAGUGGAUUGCUGUGUCCUCUGCUAUCAAUCAAGUCAGGAACCCUAAACUCAUUAUAUCUUUAAACUUCCUAAGCACAUUAAAAAUUGUAACUGCAUAGUUAUAGAUACAGAUAAAAAAUUUCAUUUUCCACUCUUAUACUCUGUCCUCAACUGAUACAGCAGCCAAGAACAGCAUUUAUAAUUGCCAACUGAGUCUCUUUGGCACGGUGCACACACCCAGCCUCCGCAUGCACAAUAGUCAGUAUUUCCUAGAACUGUAAACAUGGUGCCUGCCAUUCGUAAUCAGAGGAUUCAGUACUGAGGACCUGGUUUCCACUGACCUCCCAGAACCAAGUGGAUGGAGCAGGGUUUGCGCAGCAGGCUGGGUGUGUCCGAUUUUCUGUAAGCGACACCAAGUGGACCUUCAGUAUAUUUUUUCUGUUUCCUAUGUCUCUCCAACUGUUUCUUUGGGGACUUGUUCUUUUUUAUAUUAGUUUUUAAAGGGUUCAUACUUACUUUUCUUAUUAGUGUGAGCACCUAUGACGGGCAGCAUGGGGGAGAGAAGGCUGUUUGGAUUCACGGUUUUGGGGGUACUGCCCACUGAGGCACGGGAGACGGCUGAUGGCAGGUAGUCAGGAAGCAAUGAGGAAUUCUGCUCACCUCCUCUUUUACAACAAGACCAGUUCUUGGACAGUUUCAUGCAUUGUGUUUGAUCCUACUCGUUCCUACGCCCCAGCCCCAUCCCACCUCCCCACAGUACUACAACUUUGUGUCCUCUUUUUAUUUUUAACAACCCAUCACUCCCAUUUGUGAUGUUCAUAUACCCCUGGUAUGGAUGAGACUGUCCAUGGAACUUGAUCAGCUUACGAGCAGCCAUGCCCUUAAGGAAAGCUGCCCACAAGCCACCGGAUACCAUAGUUCUUUUAGGGGUGGAGGCUCAUGAGCUCCUAUCCAGUGCAUGCUUACAUCGUGGAGUGCCUUGCUCUUGUGCAGAAAACCACCUCCGCCGUGGUGGGUUUGUGAGCACUGUGGUUCUCCCUGCCCUGUACGGAACCUCUGUUUGGCGCCAGUCCUCCCCAACCUCUGGCCUUACAGUCUUACUGCCUCAUCUGUGCAGAGCUGAGGAGUGUGAAGCAGGAAUCCCAUGAGCUCCAUCGGCACCGACCCUCUCUCUGUGCUUCCACCAGCUGUGCAUUUCUUUCGCCUCCUUAAAUAAAUACAGUGCCAGCAUUUUAAAAAAGUGUUACUGUUAAAAAUAUCCACAUUAAUAAAGAAGUGUGUACUUUGUUAGCAUAA